AUGGGGCGCGAUACUAUCCUGUCCCGGACGGCCAUCGAGGCCAUGGUGGCCAAUGGCGACGCCGUCGUCAUCUUCCAGGACUAUGUGCUGCGGCUCAACUCGUGGCUGUCUAUUCACCCAGGCGGUGACCUUGCCAUCCGACACAUGAUUGGCAGAGACGCAACGAGCGAAAUCACAUUAUACCAUGCGGCCCAUACCCUCCAGACCAUGAAGGCUUUUCGGAUCGGCCGGAAGCCUACGGGUCCCUGGACUAACAUGACACCACCAAUCAGGGCGAAACCAUCUACCGAUCCCUCGUCCGUGGUCUGCGUGCCGCCUGCGGCUCUUGCCGAGAAGAAGCAAGGUCAGGGUUUCGAUACCUUUGACGUCGCUGUCGAUUCGGUCCCGGAUGACAGCCCGCUGUCCGAAAAGUCCGCCGCGGGUUCCGCCUCCGCCGCGGACCAAUGUCUCCAGACAGGUCGCCAGCUGAGGCCGACGACAUGCUGCUCGCGACGGCCGUCACCGAGCGGCGUCGAUGCCACGGAGCCUCUCCUACCACCACCGCCUGCCACCGCCGUCGUCGUGGAUGAGAAGGCCCUCGAAGCCGCACAGCAGCUGCCGCCACCGCGCGGCCGCAAGCACAUGUCGCCGGCGCAGUACACCGAGUGGGCGAUGCAGCAGCAGCGCGAGACCGACAUGGACGAGUACCCGUCGCUCGCGCAGGACGUGCAGCUGGCCAUCACGGACAAGUACAUGAAGCUGCACGAGCAGAUCGAGGCCGAGGGCCUGUACGAGUGCCCGUACGGCGCGUACGCCAAGGAGAUGGUGCGGUACACGGCGCUCUUUGCCGUGUCCAUGUACGCGCUGCACGAGGGCUGGUAUGUCGUGUCGGCGUUGUUCUUGGGAUUGUUUUGGCAUCAAAUCAUGUUCACGGCCCACGAUGCCGGCCAUCGUGCCAUUACGCAAAUUUUUGAAGUCGACACCCUGAUUGGCAUGUUCAUUGCCGACUUUUGCUGCGGCUUGUCGAUUGGAUGGUGGAAGAGCAGCCACAACGUCCACCAUCUCAUCACCAACCAGCCGGAACACGACCCCGACAUCCAAAACGUCCCCCUGUUUGCCACCUGCCCGUCUUUCUUCAAAUCUCUCCGUUCCACCUACUACGACUUCACCUUUGUCUGGGACCGCGCCGCCGAGCUGCUCGUCCCCUGGCAAAAGUACACCUACUACCCGGUCAUGGGCAUCGCGCGCUUCAACCUUUACCUGCUCUCCUGGAUCCACGUGCUGCUCCGGCCCUCGCAGCUCGGCGGCAGCAAGGCCUGGUGGAUCCGCCCGGCCGAGGCCGCCUUCAUGGCCUGCUACUGGUUCCUCUUCGGCUACCUGCUGCUCCUCCGCACCCUGCCCGACUGGCGCACCCGCGUCCUCUACGUGCUCGUCUCGCACAUCACCACGAUGCCGCUGCACGUCCAGAUCACGCUCUCCCACUGGGGCAUGUCCACGGCGCACCUCGGCGAGGACGAGUCCUUUCCCCAGCGCCAGCUGCGCACCACCAUGGACGUCGACUGCCCGGCCUGGCUCGACUGGGUCCACGGCGGGCUGCAGUUCCAGGCGGUGCACCACCUCUUCCCGCGCGUGCCCCGGCACAACCUGCGCCGGGUCCAGGGCUUGGUCCGGAGGUUCUGCGACGAGACGGGCAUUCCGUACGCGAUCCUCGGUUUCGCGGAUGGAAAUAAGAAGGUGCUGGGUAGACUGGACGAGGUUGCGGAGCAGGUGCGCAUCCUGGUUAGUUGUCAGAACUACAUGGCGGAGACGGGAGAGAGCGGCUUGCACUGA